AUGACAACACCUAAGCCUUUCGGCAUUGUACCUAACGAUGCUCAACAAACAACACCGUUUGAACUGCAUGUUGAGGAAGAGAAGCUGCAAGAUUUCAAGACUUUGCUCAAACUUAGUCCAAUUGCAAAAGAGACGUAUGAGAACAAGCAGGAUGAAGGUGGACAUGGCAGGUUUGGGAUAAGUCGAAAGUGGAUAGUCGAUGCGAAGAAGGAAUGGCUCGAGACAUUUGACUGGCGCAAAGAGGAAAACAUUAUCAAUUCUUUCCCUAACUUCAAAACCACCAUCAACGAUGAUGAUGGCAACAAGUACGACAUUCACUUUGUCGCUCUCUUCUCCACCAAGCCUGAUACUAUUCCCAUUGCCUUCUUUCACGGGUGGCCCGGUUCUUUCCUCGAGUUUGUACCAAUGAUGGACCUGUUGCGCGGAAAGUAUACGCAAGACACUCUGCCAUAUCACAUCAUUGUGCCCUCUCUCCCCGGUUUUGCUCUUUCUUCCGAUCCACCGGUAAACAAGGAUUGGAAAGCCAUCGAUACUUCGCGCAUCAUGCAUAAGCUCAUGCUCUCACUGGGAUUCGGCAAAUCAGGCUAUCUCGUACAGGGCGGCGACAUUGGCAGUAUAUUCUCGCGGCAAAUUGCUGCAAUGUACCCUGAAUGCAAGGGCAUGCACCUCAACUUCAUGCUCACUAAGGAUAUCAAGGACUACUCUUCGCCAAGCGACGUGAUUACUAGUGCGGAGAAAGUGGGUAUCGAGAGAGGCGACGCAUUCAUAGCUGUAGGACACGCGUAUGCCAGGGAACAUGAGACGAAACCCUCUACUAUCGGCCUGGUAUUAUCCAGUUCACCUAUUGCUCAACUAGCUUGGAUUGGAGAGAAGUUCCUCGCGUGGACCGACCCUUCGACAAGACCGUCUCUCAAUACCAUCCUAGCGGAUAUCACACUAUACUGGUUGACUGGCUGUUAUCCAACAUCCAUCUACACAUACAGAGACAAUAGGAAGACCUUGUAUGUCGAUAAGCCCACAGGUUACAGCUGGUUUCCGUAUGAGAUUUCGCCGAUUCCACAAGCUUGGGCAGAGAAAACAGCGAAGGUUGUUUUCUUCAGGGCACACGAGAAGGGUGGACACUUUGCAGCAUUGGAGAGGCCAGAGGUGCUUUGGGCAGAUGUGGAGGAGUGGGCCAAGAUUGCAUGGCAGUAA